CAACGGCGAUUUUUCAAAAAUCUGACCGUUGCAGAGACGUUGGAGAGCAGUUAAUGCCUUGUUUGACCAUCCCAACGGAUCUCUACACCUCCUCCACUAUAUAUUGGUGAUAUCUACUCCAUUUUUACUCAUUCCAAUCAUCUCUUCUCCAUAUAUUCAUCAUAAUUCAUCAUUCUUGCUCCUAUUCUUCAUUUCUUUGAAAAAUUUCUGCAAUCUCUCUCUCCUCGUUGCAAUGGCAGGCGGUCAAAGAAAGCGUUCCCGCACCGGCAAGAACGUUGCUUCCUCUUCGGCUCCUCCACCACCGGCGCACAAGUAUCUCGACGGGUCGUUCCUUUGGUUCAACGACCAUGCAGAGGCGACGCGGUUCUCGGAGAAAUUUGAGCACCAAGAGAUUCUCCCUCCCCGGUUCUCCACAGCCCGCUUCAUUCAUGACUCCAUUCCACGUGAGGCACGGAUUAUCCUCGAACGUGGAAACUUCCUCGAUCUCCUCUACAUCAAGAAGGUCAAUUAUCAACCCUUUCUUGUUCGAGCUUUCUACUCGAACUUGAAAAAGGAUGAGGACGGAGCAUUGAUCUCUAACGUCAACGGGGUGGACAUCAAUUUGAAUGAGGAGAACAUUCAAAUCCUCACCGGGCUUCGUCAGGACGGGCAGGAUCUCGGGCUUUACGCCGGAGAAGAAGGAGCGCGGUUCAAUGAGACCGCUCUCUUGGAGGAAAUGGGCAUCCAACACUUCGUACCCACUCCCCAACAGCGGCGCCCUACGAUUGCUUCCAUGAAUCCCGUGUUUCGAUUCAUCUUUUAUGUUUUGACACGGAUUCUCAAGCCCAUGAAGUUCAAUCACACCACUCUCUCCCAGGAGGACACGAAGACAAUUCAUGCGAUGAUUCACAACGCCAAUCUCAAUUGGUGUAAAUUUGUGAUGACUCACAUGUUCACGGCCACCUCCGACAAUCGGCCGCUCCCCUACGCCCUCCUUGUCAUGGCAAUUCUUGAAGAAUACAACAUCAAAACCGAUGUUGGGCCAAAGAUAAAGGGGACAAAGCAUUGGGAGAUUGAUGAAUCUUCUUUCCACUCGGGCACCGACGAGACUCCGUUUCGACAGCCUCGUCCACGCCGCCAACCNCUCCACCACCGGCGCACAAGUAUCUCGACGGAUCGUUCCUUUGGUUCAACGACCACACAGAGGCGACGCGGUUCUCGGAGAAAUUUGAGCACCGGGAGAUUCUCCCUCCCCGAUUCUCCACCGCCUGCUUCAUUCAUGACUCCAUUCCACGAUGAGGACGGAUCGUUGAUUUCAAACGUCAACGGGGUGGACAUUUAUUUGAAUGAAGAGAACAUUCAAAUCCUCACCGGGCUUCAUCGGGACGGACAGGAUCUCGGGCUCUACACUGGAGAAGAGGGGGCGCAGUUCAAUGAGACCGCUCUCUUGGAGGAAGUGGGCAUCCGUCACUUCGUACCCACUCCCCAACAUCGGUGCCCUACGAUUUCUUCCAUGAGUCCCGUGUAUAGUUUCAUCUUCUAUGUGUUGACACGGAUCCUCAAGCCCAGAAAGUUCAACCACACCAAUCUCUCCCAAGAAGACACGAAGACGAUCCAUGCGAUGAUUCACAACGCCAAUCUCAAUUGGUGUAAAUUUGUGAUGACUCACAUGUUCACGGCCACCUCCGACAAUCGGCCGCUCCCCUACGCCCUCAUUGUCAUGGCAAUUCUUGAAGAAUACAACAUCAAAACCGAUGUUGGGCCAAAGAUAAAGGGGACAAAGCAUUGGGAGAUUGAUGAAUCUUCUUUCCACUCGGGCACCGACGAGACCCCGUUUUGACAGCCUCGCCCACGCCGACAACCAAGAGCCACUGCCUCAGCCGCCACCACAUCGACCAAUCCUUCUCUCGCCGAGCAAAUGGCAGCCUUAACCGCCACUCUCUCUCGGAUUGACACCAACGUCUCCAAAACGACACACAACGUCAAUACCUUGAGCCGUG